UCGCCCCCGCCGCUCCUCGCUGCCGUGCCGGGCCCUCCUGCCCCAGCCCCUGCAGCCCUCGCCUGUGGCGGGGACCGAGCCGCCGCGGCAGCUGCCGUCCCUCCGCACCUGCCCCGGCCCGGCCGGGUGCGGCCCGGGGGAGGGGGGGAAGGCAGGCAGGAAGGAAGGCAGGCAGGCAGGCGGCCGCGCGUAGCCCCCGUGCCGGCGCCGCGGGGUGCCCGCGGGGGUGGGGCGGUGACCCCCAGAGCCGGCCCCCCGGCCUGCUGCCGCCUCGGUGGCGGCGCGGUUCGCCGGCCCCGGGAGAGCGGGGGCUGUCGUGUCUUCGGCCGUGCCUCCCGCCUACCUCCCACCCCCUCCACCCGCCUCCCAUCUUAUUCAUAGAAAGCAGAUUGUGUGAGCGGCCGACACUUGGGGCAGUGUGCACAGUUCUUGCUUGGGGUGGUUUCCUUUUUUUUUUUUAUUUUUUUUAUUACUAUUAUUUUUUAUGUGACCUCAUUGUCUCUUGGCUCGGUUACGAGUAGAGGCUUCUUCGCACCUAGACUGCGGCUUCCUGAGUGUUUACACAGCCGCAAAUGGGAGCUGGAGCUUGACAUUGCCCAGAGGCCCUGCUUAAGAUAUGUGUAAACAAUAAUAAAUCAAGUGCUAGUUGUAUCCUGAAAUAUUGCCUCAAUUAGCCACAUCUCCCGGGUCUCCAUGGUGUAGUCAAUAGCUUUCCCUAAUUCCCACAACACCAUCUGUAUGGCCCAGAGUUCACCAGUUAACAACAGAAGUAGUUAACGCACUUGUGUUAUACUUCUCUGUAGAUCUUACCACUAUCUGCUUUUAUUAUUUCUUAAAUAUUUUCUGUUGUCCUGAAUGGUAACAUAUAGUGUAAUUUUAGAGAGACAGUCUGCAGUUUGUUACCCCUUGUCAGUUAUGUCUACAUAAAUGACUAAUACGGUUUUGGAAGGCAGAAUGAGACUCUAGGUCUAGUACUGUACGCUUAUGGGUGAAUCUUUGGGCCGUGCAAUGAAUUAGUUUUGGGUUUUUUUUUAUUGUCACCUACAGUUAAGAGCUGUCCAGGCAAGACUCAUUUUUGUCCUUGCCCCUGUUUGGAAUACGUUUUAUGCAUUCCAUUAAACAGAUCAAAGGCAUAGGGAGCAUGAACAGUAUGUUCUGGUCUGUACGUGUUGGAAAACACUUGAGCCAGCAUCCUAUGGAGGUAGCAAGAGGGUGUAGAUCACUUUCAGUCUAUGCUAAAUAUCCUGUCAAAUUGUUGUGGUUUUUUUUAAUACUAAAAAAUUAUUUUGUAGUCUUUAGUUCAUAAUACUGUUCAAUAUGUUAUUCUAGAGCAUGCUCUGCACAGAGUUUUACCAGGGCAGAUUUUUUAUUAGAAUUAUAACAAUAACUUAAGAAAUUUAUGCACCUGGCUAUUCUCCAUACUAUGAAUACACUUACAGGUUGUUCCUUUUCCUCUAUGGGAUGUAAAUGUUUAUGGUCUGCCUGUGCUAUGGAGUUAUAUCCCUUUAGUUACAUAUGUGUAGUUAAGGUGAUCUAGCUUCUGCAGCUGGGUAAGUGCUGAAGUCUUAUUCUUGAACAAGACCUUGCUAGCUGUACGUACACAUUUUAUGGAUUGUACUGAACCAGGAGACAAAUUGUUGUGAUUGUAUCAGAAAUCCAUCUGUGUAUUUCAAGAUCUUGUCGUUGAUAGUCUCCAGCAACAGCAUUUUAAGUGCCUUUUCCAAGUAGCUCUGUAAAACAAAAUUGCAGAAUUGCGCUUUCCUGUGUGUAGCCAUAUAUAAUUAUUACAAUUAAAUUUUAAAAAAACUUGUGAGGAGAAAAACCCCCAAACAUUUCACAUUUUUUCAGUCUGAAGAAACAAUUUCACACUUCUUGGUAUGUCACUGGUUUUAAUCUAUCCAAAAUAAGUAAUUAUAGUUUUUUUUAUGUAUGUUCCAUCUUCAGUUUAUUUUAUUUAGUGUAUAGCAUAUUUUUACUGUUAACUGUUACCACUUCACAUAUUUUCCUGUCAUUUUAUGAUUAUCUCCAGGAAUACUUCGGUGAAGGUUUCACCAUGUUUUGGUGUGGGUUUUUUUCAGUGUAAACUUCAAUGAAAUGGUGAAAGGUGUCAGUCUGUUUACUUUAUUGCAGGGUAGAGAUACUUAGUGUAGGGGCUAUUGCUCUGCACUGAAGCUUUGAAGAGUGAUACUGUUCAUUCUCAUUGAUCUCAUGAGUGAUUUGGGGGCAUGCAUUUUUUUUUUAUCUGUGCAUAUAUAUCCUCCUGUACAUAAAAUGAAUAUUAAUACCUGUCUCAUAUCUGAAUUGGGUCUUAUCAUGUAGUUAAAGUGCUUUGCUGGACCGGAAUUUAUUUUGGUGCUGUUUCCUGUGUGCUAAUAGGAAAACUGGGAGUUCUCCAAUUUUUGUGUAUGUUUUUGUUGUGGUUAGUUGGGGUUUUAUUUUGUAUUUGGAAAAUCCACUUUAGCAUGUAAAAAUUCUAAUAGUAAUUUACAGCCUUGAUUUGUACUCUUUCUUAAUCUAGAUAAAAUUACAAAGAUUCAGAUUAUCUUUUGGAUAUAAAAAUAACAUUUUAAAACUAACUCCUUGCAGUCUUCCAUUAGUACAACAGAAAGGAGCUUAGAACGGGUUAAAUAUAUGUUUAUUCUAAAUACUUCAGUCAUAAAAUGAAUGUCUUCUAGAAGCUGUACUUUCAGAAUUUUUAUUUCCAGCUGUAUUUUUCUUACACCUCUCCCUGUACUUUAAAUGCAGUGCUGUAACAAAGUGAUAAUAAUUCUGAUUGCUACCACAGCAAAUUUAGAAAAGUUUUGGAGCAAUUCAAUUUCCUGGAAAAUAAUAACUCUUUUGCUAUUACUAAGAUCUCUACUAACGGCUAGGGGUGAACGAUCCACAGAACCACUACUGGGAUAGUGGAUCUGCUUGUUCUAAUGGCUCUGUUAAUGUCCUGAAUGAAGAGAGAUGUAGUCCCAGUUGUAUUUCAGAGUAUUAUGUAGUGGUUUGGGAGCCAAAUGUUAACUUUGCAAAACUGGCACACAUGUGAAAGCUUACAAUAAAGCAGAUUAAUAUUUUUAUUUUGGUAUAAACGAGACUGAAUUAUUUUCUGGUGUGUGAAAUUUAAAAUUCCACAAGUGUUACUUCUCUCUUGCAGCAGCUGGUUGCUUCAGUCUUGCUUGUUAGAAGAGUCUGUAGGUUUAACAAAUGAUAAGUCUCAGGGGGAGGGGUGGUAUUUUACCAUGGCUUAAUGCUGUACAAAAUGUAAAACGACUUACUGCUCUUCUAAGCAAGAGGAUUCCAAGAGCAAGGAAAAAAGCUGCUAAUAGAGUUCUUUGCUUGCUUGCUGCCAGAUGUUGCCAAAAUAUUUAUACCCAGACCGUUAUAGUUCUCCCCAAGAAAACUGAAUGCUGAAGUUCUGCUAGCAGGUUCUUGACUUUAUUCAGCAAGAUUGUUUCAUGCUGGAACUGUAGAACAUGGCUAUCACCAAGUGGAACUAGCAGUGAGGUAGAAAAUAACACCAAGAAUCUGGCAAUACCAAUCUUACUUGUUCGUGAAGCGCUGGCAUACUUUUAGGGAGUUGGCAAAGAGCAGCAACCUUGGGCAACACCAAGUUGUGUGGGUUACUGAAGCACAGAAGGAAGUUGGUGUUAGAAGUGAAAAUAAAAGUUAGGUCUGCUUGUUAUCACGUGCUUGGGAAUCAUCUUUCAUGUGAACACGCUUGUCUGUUUUUAAUAUAGUAACUACUAUAAUACAGUAACUACUCCAGGCCAUGUUCUCAAUUUUUUCUGUGUAUGUGUAGAAAAGAGCUAUUUGCUGUUAAAUAAGAAGGCCAUUUAACUACUUAAACAGUCAAAAGGCGAUUUUUGAAAAUGGGAGCUGACUGUGAUAAUCACAUACUGUCCCUUAGCCUGCUGUACCUGUGGUCUGUAACUGUCAUCUUCUGUGGCUUACAGUAAAUUCAAGCAAAAAAAGUAAAAUAUAGUAGCUUACUGCUGGUGUCUCAAAAGAGGGGUAAUUUAAAUUUUUUUUUUUCUCAACAUCAAAUUCCAGUUUAUGAGCUUUUGAAAUUGCCUGUGUUUUUUCUUGAGGACAGGGGAAGCUAGGAAACAUGGCUAUGCUUCACAUCCUGCUUAGCUUUUUUUCUUUUUUUUUUUUUUUUGUUUUUUUUUCCAAAUUACAUAGCAAAAAAAACAAAGGGAAAAGGGUAUUAUAAUAGUUACUAUUGAAAAAUCAAGUCCAAGUCUUUUAUAUUCAAAGGAAGUAGAGGCAAUUAUGAAACAGGAAUUGGAGCACUAUAUGUGUUUAACAUGGCUAGAGAGUAUGGUAGUAAAAAUGUGUGCUCUGUGUUGUAUGUUUUAUAACUAAAGAAAUUCCAGGUCAGUCCAUGAUCACCUAAUGUAUGUGUUCUAGACCAUUUUUUUGUGUUCUAGGAGUGAUUGAUGCCAGGAGUAAGGUUAUCUGGUUUGUUUUGUUUUUGUUGUUUUUUUUAAAUUUAUUUUGAGAUGUUGUUUUCAAUGGCUUAUUAGUCAUACUGGAAUUUGCUGUGAUGGGUAUUCCAGAAACUUUCAGCUAAAAUGAUUCAGCAUUUUGAAAAUUACUUUGAGAGAAAGUAAAUAUGUUAAUUUAAAGGAGGGGAAAAUGCUUGUUUGACUUAUUUAAGAACAUAUCAGCACUUCAGUUCUGGAAUUUAUUGUUGCAGAGGAGAGAGGGGAACAUCCACAUGGAGCAUAUGGCUGUUCCUUGGAAAACUUCUACAAAUCAUAUGCUCUUUAAACACUUGUUCAUGUAUGCUACUUGGCAAAUAUGAACUAUCUGAAUAUUCCAUGUAACAUGAGUAUCUUCCUCUCUGUUGAUCCUUGCAUGUGAACUGACUGUGCGGUUACCGUCUGGACCAAGUAGUUUAGCAUGAUGUGUCACACAGCGGUAGGCGAUGGGGAAGUUUAGUCCUAGUCUUUCUUUAUCUGUGCUUCUCCCCAAACCCCAGAAUGCUUAGACAGCAGUCAUGCUCAUGGAGGGAUGGAUCGAAACUGCCAUGCGGGGAGAGGUGGGGAACAAAGGUUGAUGCUUGUUGUAAAUGCAGUAGGCCCAGGAACUUGAAAGGGAUGAUACUAGCAAAACUACAAAUGGUUGGAAGUGGGGGUAACGAGAGAGUGAGAGGUGAGAAAGAGGACAAGGUGUAUGAUGGUGCGGAGGAAACAUUGUGUAAUGGUAGUAUGAGGCUGAAGAGCAGAAAGGACGUGGAUAGGAUGGUAUUGGAGCAGGAAGAGCACUGACAGCAGGAACGGAAGAGGAUAGAACACAACACAUCUUCCUUGCAAAAAAACAGUUGAACUCAUUGCUUCUGGUUUGCUGUUACUAAAGAGUAGUGGACAAAGUGGAGCAGGAAAGGAAGAAUUUUUAUAUAAUCACCAUUUUGAAAGGAAAAUAACAGUUCGUUUUAUGGCCUACACUUAGCAGCAGAACAAAGUUGUUCAUGUUCAUCCAAACAUCAGAGUCAAAAGAGGGAAGAUUCUGGAAAAGUUACCAAGGACUGAAACUGGAUUUGUCAGAGUUGCAAGACCAGGAUUUUGUUACUCAGUUGGUCCAAACUGAUGCUUGGUUCAUUGACAGGCUCAUUAUUUCUGAAAUAAUAAAGGACAUAAAAUAACUGACAAUGGAAAAUGUUAAUUUUAAAUGUUUCUGUGCCAAAAGUGUGUAGAGGGGAUUUUCAUAUGCAAUCAAGAUCUUAAAUCUAUUUUAAAUGCAGUUAUUAGAUAAAUAAAACUCUUCUUCAUCCUUUGAGUGUACUUCAGUAGCAUUAGGAAUUCAGGCUUUCAUAGAAAGAAACAUUAGAAACUUUCAUGGUUUUUUAAUAAAAAUGUUGGAAAACUUACAUAUGCUUACAUAAACUGCUUGCUAACACUGAAGUAUUCAACAGCAAUAAAGGCAUAGUGAGAUUGGUGGUUAUUCUGUGUCUUCUUUAUGAAACUGCAAAGUAUAAACACAAGAUUAAUUUCAAUCAUAGUUUAUUGGGUGCUGAUACAAAUAAUGAUAAAAACAGGAUUUCCUGUUGAUUUGGUUUAAUUUGUCUGGAAGGAUAUGAUAAAAUGAGUGUCUCCACAGUAAUAUUCCAUACAUGCUUGUGUGGAUAUUCCAGAGGCUUCAAUGGCAAAGGAACAGAAUUGUCGCUGUCACAUAGACAAACCUGCUUAUCCAUGUGGAGAAUGCUGGGGAAACUUGGAGAGUGGAGUUCUGUUUGGGGUUUUGUUUUGUUGUUUUUUUCCCUAACGAAAUUGUGUUUGAAAAAAUAACUAAGUAUCAUUUAGUAGGAAAGUUGUACUAGAAUCUGUUCCAACUGGGGAAUUGCUGAUACACUUCCUCUGGUAUGUAAGGGGUUUUUGGUAGUCUUUCUACUGCAGCAGGGCAGGUAACUACAUUAUGCUCUUGAUUUUGGUGUCUAAAACUUUAUGAUGACGACACAUCUGGUAAAUAUUGAGGCGAAAAAGUAUUUCUCUGUCCAGUGACAAGUCGGAAUGUGUGAGGAGUCUUGAUACAUGUGCUAGGAUUCACAAGCAAGAGCUGUACAAAUCCUUUAGUUUGCAGUUUGAAGAAUACAGGGGGGAAAAACCCUGAAGGAAUCUUCAUUUGCUGUGUAAAUAUUAGGGAUGAAUGAGGGAGUGAUGGGUAAUAUAUUUGCUUUCUCAUACCCUAAUCCCCUAGGAGUCUUGUAGCAAUUAAAGCUUUGGUUUCUUUUUACCAAAAUUUCUGUUUAGUCCUCUUCAUUCCUUACUAUUACUUUAUGGAGCUGAUAAAGCUCGGUCAAAUUACAAUGUGAAAUGGGUAGGAGGAACUGAGUUGCUGUAGGAAGUCUCUUGGAUUUGAGAAUCUUUUUAACGGUAGGUAGGAAGGCAGGAGAACUGCCAGGGGAUUUUCUUCUGCAAUGGAGGCAGGAUACCCAAGUGUACUGCAGUGACAUUAUUUUAUUACUAGAUUGGGUAGGAUUUACCAUUUUUCUCUUCCUUGUUGUUAGGAAGCACUGUGGUAAAUUGGUGAUUACAUGAACCAUGUACAUGAAUCAUGAAUGUAAACUAUGGUCGUGCAUGCUUCCCACGAAAUAUGCAGGUGUAAAUACAGAGCAUGUAUGCAGAAUUAAGGAGCUGAAGUUCUUCAAAAGACCCAGAUGCCCUUAAUUCUGCUUUUGUGCCUCGAAAAAUUUAUAUUAUCUUACGCAUGCUUAAUACCCAUUUUAUAAGUUCUGCAUGUGCAGUUUUAAAGUGUCACACUUUUUUUAUACUACUUUUUAAAUAUUUGGCACCUGCAAAUAAGAGAAUUUCCAGAACUCCUUUAAAAUAUUAAAAGCAGAGUUAACACAAAGAUUGAAUUGCUAAAGGAACACAAAUCUUUUAAUGGUGUGGUUUGUUGUUUGUCAUGCUAUGUGACAUUGUGGUGGUGCUUGGAAGAGUCUGAAAUAAAUACUUAGUAUGGCUUGUUAAGUUUUGAAAUGGGAUCAUAUAAAAAGAGGAUGCCAUGAAAUAUUAAUGGGACAACAAAGCAGUAUGUAUAAUGUUGGAGAGCUCUUGCUGUAUAAAGUCAGUGCUACAUAGUAUGUGUGUUCAAAAUCCUACAGGCAAAGAGAAGUUUAUGAUAGCUUGUAGUGUAGCCUGUAUUUCUGAAGAAAUGUAACUUUAGUGGUAGAUUUAAAUUUAUUUCUAAUUUUCAGUUUCUUGAAGUAUAAUAUGCAUUCAGUUUCUUAAUGUAAUCUCAUAGUCACCUAUAUUAAUAAAUAAAUAACUGUCUUGCUCCACCACACAAUAGAAGGAAAAAAGUAGCACAAGUCUUAUUUUACUGCAGCUGAAAAUUGGUUUUGUGGCUUUUUAGGGCUUGUCUCCAAGGGAAAUUUAUGGCAUAGGUGUUGUGUAAUAACUGUUUAGCUGUAUCUGUGUAGUGCAGCUCGCGGAGGUUGGCGUUACAUUCUUGAACAGCAACAUUAUAUUUUUAAAAGUACGAUACUCUAAAUAAUAGCUGUACUUAGUACGUAUAUAAGAUAGAGGAAAUGAAAGCCACCUUGCUGCUGAAUGAGGGGUACAUUCUUACUGUGCACAGUUUUAAUAAACUUGUAUGCAUCAACUUCAUAUUGAUUUGUUUGUCUUAUUUUUUGUCACUUUGUAGUCAGGUUGAUGGAGAUAGGUAACCACUGCAGCUAAGAUAGAAUGAAUGCUGUGAUGGCAUAUUGUCAUAUAUACUCUUACCUAUUGCUUCAUUAUUAUUAUUAUUUGAGUCGAUAAAAUAUAGCUCUGUCUUGAUUUUGGUGUCUACUAGUAUUUUUACAUGUGAAUAUAUACACAGGUCUUUAUUUCUUUCUAGCUUACACGCAAAAUGAGAGAAUUACUGAACAGUGGGUUCUUUUAUGCUUGAAUGAAUAAGGUUAUAUUUUACUCUGUAGUAAAAACUUCGAUCAUGAUACUCUGAGUGACAAAACAAGUUGCCCAUAGUUCUGGUUUCAUUGUUAAGUAUUUUCUUUGUUGUGAUAACCUGACUUUAAAGCUUGUCUGCAAGAGGAAUAAAGGAAAAAAAAACAAAAUGGCAAUAACAAUUCCAAGUUUAAGCUCCACAUUGUCUUGGUAUUGUCUCCAGCUUUUAACAGGUGUAUCUGCUCCCUGUUCUUGCCCCCACUGGGAUAUAUGAGAGGACAUAACAUGAAAGCUCAGAUCUCUCGUUUUCUUGUUUGAUAUGUUUUAGGGUAGACUCUAGUCUUAAUUACUGUCAAAGAAGGAAAUAUGACUGCAAUGUUCUCUGGCUUCUUCCCAGUGAGACUUUUUCCUCUGCAGCAACUUUCAAUUGGGCCUGCAUUUCUUCAGUACCUUUUACUUUCUGCCCUCAGUGUCUCAUACACUAUCUAGAAACUUGCCUGUUUCCAGAGUUUCAGUGGAAGGCACCGCAGGCAAGGGCUACUUUCUUCUUUAUACAUUAAAUAUUUUUGAGAGACCAGAUCUGGCAACAGUGGUGCAAUCAGUUCUUUGCUGCAGUUGUUUCUGAAUGAAGGGAUAAGGUUUUUCAGAUUUGCAGUGGUGAAGUAGUCUUUCUUUAUGUCUGAACAGAGAGAAGAAAUAGAUAAUCCAAAUUUAUCUGGCAGUGGCCUACAUUCAGUAGAUGCUAUGAAUAGAGAGAAGUCCCCUAUUGGAAAAUAACAGUAAGUUGAGGUUUUUGUCCUCUACAUUGUACAUCACUGGGAUUAACUGCUGGAACAAGAUAAUGUCUUCUUCAUGAGUUGAAAAAAAGGGGAAAAUUUGCUCAUACUUACGAUGAUUUGACAUAAUUAACGUUUUAUUAACCAUGAUGGCAACACAGACAUUAAGUAUAGACAACUAUCAAGAUGGACAACAGAUGCAAGUGGUAACAGAGUUAAAAACUGAACAAGAUCCCAACUGCUCUGAAACUGAUGCAGAAGGGGUGAGUCCUGCCCCUGUAGAAUCUCAAACUCCAAUGGAUGCAGACAAGCAGGCCAUUUACAGGCACCCACUAUUUCCCUUGUUAGCACUAUUAUUUGAAAAAUGUGAACAAUCUACACAAGGCUCAGAAGGCACAACUUCUGCUAGUUUUGAUGUAGAUAUAGAAAAUUUCGUAAGGAAGCAGGAGAAAGAAGGAAAACCUUUUUUCUGUGAAGAUCCAGAAACUGAUAAUUUGGAUCUAAUACCAUUAGCUGUCCGAGUUUGUGAGUCUUUUUCUCGCAGUAAGCAUGUUAAGUGUUCUCAUCAUAUGGUAAAAGCAAUCCAAGUUCUACGUAUCCAUCUCCUUGAGCUAGAAAAGGUUAAUGAACUCUGCAAGGAUUUCUGUAGUCGUUACAUUGCCUGCCUGAAGACAAAAAUGAACAGUGAAACUCUAUUAAGUGGAGAGCCUGGAAGUCCUUAUUCACCUGUGCAAUCUCAGCAAAUUCCAAGUGCCAUUGCAGGCACACUCAGUCCCCAAGGGAUUAUGGUGCCAGCAUCAGCAUUGCAGCAGGGAAAUGUAACUAUGGCAACAGUAGCAGGUGGGACAGUGUACCAGCCAGUCACUGUGGUCACUCCACAAGGUCAAGUGGUGACACAAGCACUGUCACCUGGCACUAUUCGGAUCCAGAACUCUCAGCUUCAGUUGCAAUUAAACCAAGAUCUAGGCAUCUUGCAUCAAGAUGAUGGCUCAUCAAAAAACAAAAGAGGAGUUCUUCCGAAGCACGCUACAAAUGUGAUGAGAUCUUGGCUUUUUCAGCACAUAGGGCAUCCAUAUCCAACAGAGGAUGAAAAGAAACAGAUUGCAGCACAAACAAAUCUGACACUACUCCAGGUUAACAAUUGGUUUAUCAAUGCUAGAAGGCGAAUUCUUCAGCCGAUGCUGGAUUCCAGUUGUUCUGAAACUCCAAAAACAAAGAAGAAAACAGCACAGAACCGACCAGUUCAGAGGUUCUGGCCUGACUCCAUUGCCUCAGGAGUUGCUCAGCAGCAAUCUAAUGAGCUAACGAUGUCAGAUGGUGCUGUUGUAACAAUUACAGCUCCAGUCAACAUGAAUGUAGACAGUCUGCAGUCUUUGUCAUCCGAUGGUGCUACUUUGGCUGUUCAGCAAGUUAUGAUGGCAGGGCAAAGUGAGGAUGAGUCUGUAGACAGCGGUGAAGAUGAUGGAGGAGACCUCUCGACAACAAAUAUCAGUGGGCUGGUCUUGGAUAACAGCGAUUCUCUGCAGUAGGAAGCAAUGUGACAAAACGUUUAGGAAAAAGAAUGGACUGACUGACUGUUUUUAUAGUUUGCACAGCAAACAUUUUACACAAGUUUUAUUUCUAAUAUGUUUUAUAUGUAGAUAUAGAAGGGUGCACUUUUUUGUAUUUCAUAGUAAGCUUAAAGAGUGUUUUUGCAGGUGCAGCAACUUCUUUCAAAUGUGUUUUUUCAUUUGUUUUCCUUUUCUUAUUCCAGAAAAUUAUAUCUAGUAAUAUAAAGAACCACAUAAGCACCCCUUUGUUCUAUUAAUUGGAAGUGCUGCAAUUUCUAAAGAAUUAUGCAGUUUCAAUUAGUGCUGUUAUUUAAGACAGCUCUUGAUGGGCAGGUGAUGUACAUUUAAAGCAUGUGACACUAGUGUGUGGAACUUGAUCAUUGAGUUAGAUGCAUAUAUUUGAAAGAUGCUUCUGCACCUUAAAAACUGCUAGUCUGAGGUGGACAGCAACACACAUAAAAAGAAAAUGUUGAUGUGUGAUUCAGUAGCGAAUGUAUGGCAAUUUAAAUAAGUUUAGUUUCUCUCAUAGUCUGUGAGCCUGUUUAUCAUUUGCUAUAAAAACUCCUAUUUUUACCUUGCCGGGAUUAUUGGAUAAAAAAUAUUUUUAUAAAUUCACUAGGAAUUGGGAUGACGACUGUAUUAAGCAGGAGGGGGAAAAAAAAAAGUUUCCAGAGGGGAAAAAUAAAUGUUUAGUAUUCCUAUUUGGAAGGUCUGAAAAUUGACCCAAUUUAAUAAACAAGCCUACGCUAGCAUUCUAUGAUUCUCAGCUAUCCCACAGUGAUAUACUAUAUUUGAUAACAACAUAAGAAGGGCCCACUGUUUGGUGGGAUUUUGGUAUCAUCAAAUAUUGCUUUAUAUUAUGUGUAAACUGAUGUUCAAAUUACAUAAACUCUGUAUCUAGACUUGUAUCUGAAAAUAUUUGCUAAAGGCAUAUUCAGGUAAGUAAACUUUUCCAGUUAUUAGAAAAAUUCAACAAUUUAUAGUUUGUACAACUGAAUCUGAAAAAUGAGAAGUUGCCUACUAUACAGUCAUGAAUUCUACUAUCACUGCUAUUUUCUUGCAUUUGAAAUAUUUUCCCCUGAUACAAAAAGAAAUGUAACUUACGGAUUUAUAUAAAAUUUCUUCAAAUCUGAAGGUUACUACCAGAAUAUACAGCAGGCUUUAUUAGAGUAGAAAAUCCUGUGUGUCAUCUAAAAACUAAGAGCUAGUGAUGGCAACACUUUUUUUUUUUUUGGUGUGUGUGGUAACAGUUCACUUGUUUUUUUCCCCCCAAAGUUUAGAGUCUUUGUCUGUCUAUCCAUGAACACUUUGGAACUUUGUAUUUCCCGUGGUUAAGUAUAAAUAAUAGACUCCAAGAGUCUCAUGGUAAAAUCAACAUCCUCUUUUCCCCCUGCCCUUUUGUCACAAUGCCGGGUUAGAUCAAAGCCAGAACUUCUGAUUUAGACCAAACCUAGUUGCAGCACUAACAUGACAGGGAAAAAGAUGUUAGCUUUUAGAACCUUUAGACAUUGUAUUUGAACAAAGCCCUUUGAUGGAUGCAAAUAUUUAAUCGGAUACUUAAUUUCUGCUUCACAAAACCUUUGGGCAUGUGCUUAAAUGGUUGAAAGCUGGUCUUUAAAGAUUAUCUUCCAAGGCAAGAAAAAGUUAUGAAGAGAAACUUCAGGAGGAGAUGUCAGUAGUAUUGGCAUCCAUGCAUGGAGAAUAAUACGUUCACAAUGACUGAUAGCUAUUGUGAAGAAUUUGCCUUGGUUUUUACUCAACACAAGUUAUGUUUCUGCCAUUGGCUUUCACUUAUUCCUGGCUGCAGAUCUUGCUUCUUAGUUCAAAUGCUGUAAUGAUUGAUCUACUCCAGCUGGAGUGAUAAUUUCUUAAUUUUUCUUCUGACAUCUCUGCUUUGCCACUAAAGUGCCAUGUUUUAAAGAGCACAGUAAAAGACUAAUGAAAGAUUUAAUUAUGAAAGCUUUGAUACAGCAUAACUGUCUCAAAGACUAUUGUGUCAAAUCCAGUUUGGCCCCCCAAAAAAAUUUAAAAAUGGAUACCAUGUACGAAUCAUGCUCUUUUGGAAACUUUCAACCUACUGCUCCUACAAAGAACACCCGAGAUUACUAAAUCUGUGGGACAGAUUCUGUAUUUUUCUAUUUAGUUGUUUUGUUUGUUUGUUUGCUUUAAUUUAAGUGCUCCAUUACCCCACAGUUUUGGUUAUAUUAUAGGUAAUACUUGUCGGUUGUUUGUUUUUUUUAAUUAAGUUACUUUUGUUCAUGUUUAAUAGUGUGUUAAUCCUUCUAGCACGUAGGCAUAUGAAUAGUCUACUUCUCAGUGUGUACAGGCCUAUGGACAAGUAAGUGCUUUUCCAAAUCUACCUAUGCUGGAGGAACAGGCCAUUUCUGACUGUCUCCUUUCCCUCCCUGACCAGUUGUUGCUGCCUCAGUUCUACCACCAGAGCUUUUCCCAGCCUGCUUUGAGAUAUUCUAGGAAGCAGCUCAGCCAGCAGAUCUGUUGGGAUAGCAAGUAGUGAAGGAAAGGGAAAAAAACAAAAUAGGCAAAAAACUUCAGUGGUUUGGAGAUAAAUGUGGUAAUGGGUAUUUGCUCACACUUCAAAACUGUGAGAACUGAGGCCUUAAAAAGAGAGAGGGUAUUAAAACCAUUUAAUAUCUAUUCAGCUGGUUGGAAAAGGGUUCAGGAAUGUGUAGUUUAUGUGCCACUUGGGACUCAGUUGUAAACAAUCAGGCAUCAGGGUUUGCAAAAUUCGGAAAGUUUAUUUUUCAGAAAGAAACCAUUAUGUGGUUAGCUUUUUGUUCUCCUCACCUUACAUGCAGCAGAAGUUUUCUUCUGAAACAUUUGUGACCUUGUCUUCUGCUAGUUUAUCAAUACAUAGAAAGUGAAGUUGACAGAAUUUACUGUGAAAAGGGAAUUGUGUAGUAGUUUUACUGUCAAAUUAGAAACUUAAAAACAUAGGGACAGGAAUCCCUAAAACUGAAAAGGCUUUACCAGCGUAAUCAAAAGUAUUACUUAACAUAUGGAACUCAAACCUUGUCUUCAAAUUUGGUAAGAAUUCUGUAGUAGGUAUGAAUUGCACAGAAGUGUUUGUUGUUUCCACAAUUAAAAAAGUCCUUACUUUUCUUUCUGUGUAAGAAAGAUUGCUGAAUUAAGCAAAGCAUUGCUAUUCAGGAAAGGUACAUGUUUACAUUAGUUAGAAAGUCUUUAUAGGGGACUAAAUUUAACCCCAUGUGAGGUCAUGUUCAAAAGCAAUACAACUACCUUGCUUUUAAAAUCAGUGUAAUUCUUCUGCAAUUACGGUUACUGAAACUUCUAAAUUUUUUUCUGAGUAAUCUAGGUUGUUAACCCAAAACAGGGUUCAGUCCAAUUUUUCCAAGAUUUCUGUAACAGGCAAGGCAAUUUCCUGUUGUUCUUUAGAAAUGUGUUUUAGUAAAUUAGUUCCAAACUGAUGAGGUUAUAUUUUUAAAUUGCUAUUCCAAUGAAGUAAUCACAUUGGAAAACAUUUAGAAUGGACAGGCAUGGCUCUGGCUCUGCAGAGUUUCCUGGGUCUGAAUAUUAAGUCAAAGUGGAGUCCUGCUGACCUCAGAGAAACUCCAUGAGGCUGCAUGACAGGCUGCAUUUACCUGUAAGUGAAUUGGUUCUUUGUUCUGCUUCCUGAUCACUAUUAGGAACCUUUUGGAGAGUCCUCCAGAUUUAUCUUGUCUGCAUACUUAGGUUUUCUUCCAGUGGAAACCUGGGUAUGGACAAAGGGCUUAGCAGGACAGGAAUUUGUGUUGACCUGUUGUGCACUACAUAUUGUUUUGAUGUUCAAAAUAUGGCCAGAAGGCAGACCUAUAUUGAGGAACUAGAGUUUCCAGUUCCAGUGCUUUAAAAGUAGCUUCAGGCUUAUGGAUAUUCUAGUGGAGUAUGGAAACAAAGACUUAAUGCAUGAAUACUAUAUAUGUUUGUUUCUCUAAUCACAUGGAAAAAGAAUUAGAAGGCAGGUCAGCUUCCUGACUUUAUGAACUUUACAGCCCAAAGGAUGAAACAAAGUCUUUCCAAGGGAUGAUAGUUUCAUAAAAUCAGUAGACUUGUAGCACUUAAAACCAACAAAAAAAACCAAAACACCCUGGUAUUUUGAAAAAAAAAAAAAAAAAAAAAUAGAACACAUGCAUUUAAUUGUAAGUAAAGUUGAUUUAAGAUUUAUUUUCUGAAGCUGAGUGGUCUUGAAAGAAAAAAAAAAUCAAUAAGUAUUUGUCUAUGCAAGACAUAAAUGUCAAAAAUGUGUGAAUUACCCAUUUUUAGGUGCUGUAUUGUUAUUGUCUUUUUGACUUCUGUUACUUUAAUUAGUCUUUUAAACCUUUCAGCCUUAUAUUCAGCUUAGUUUUUAGAGUUGAACAGGCAAAAUGUAGUUUUGAAUUCCUGUUGGAAAUGUAACUAACCUUCAUUCCUUCAUGAAAAUAUCGCAUGUUGAACAAUUAAGUGAAAUGUUUUGGUUUCUUAAUAAUAAAUUCAGGCUCUCACCAGCCCCUAAAAACAACAUAUCCAUGAAAAUGCAGGUUUAAUUGUAGCAUGCAAAUGAUCAAAUCAUCAGCUUUGUGCUGAAUACAUUUUGCUCUUUACUGUUCGGUGUAGCUGAAUAGUAAAGCUGGUUGGUUUUGCCAAACUCAAACUUGGUGUGGACUCCUCCCCAGCACCGCCAUUGGCUUGCUAACCUCUUUCAAAUAGGUUUUGGGUUUAAUUUUUAAGUCCUAAAGUCACUUGAUCAUCCAGUGUAAAGUGUAGAGAGACUGGCACUAAUGUGCUUUUAAGUGAUUGCCCAAGUCAUGUUAUUCGUUAUUUUUUGUCACCUGGAAACAAAAUCUGUUCCUUUUCUGUGACUUAGUUAUUUAGGACCUGCCGAGUGAUUACAGCUUCUUUGCCAGAGAAAAGCAAGGUACAAGAAAGCAGCAAAAUGCCUUACCAACCUUGUAGACUCCUAUAAAGGUACUGACUUCAUAUUAAGCCAGUGUUUGCAGGUCAUGACGAAAGUUGCCCAUAAAUCUUCCCAUGGGUUGUCAACAUUUGGUCUAUACAAUCAACAAUCUUUAAAAUGUGAAAGAACCUUGUAACUUUUUCAUUCCUUAGUUGUUAAGGGAUUUUGAAGUAACUAAUCUAUCAAGGGAUAAAAUUAAAAAUCAGAAUAUGCUUCAUGGAUGACUUAGUAUUUUAUUCUCUGUGAACUGAAAAAGCACAUAUUUAAAGCAAAGCAUUUGCAUUACUUUAACCUUAUCAUUAUUGUUUGGCUGAAAGACAAAUAUGUUUUCAAGAAAUCUUGAGCAUAGUUCCAAACUAGUUAACCAGUUCUUGACCCGAGGACAAUCCUUGGCCUUUUUAUUUGUUUGGGAUUUUGUGUUUAUGCAAAUGAAGAAAAAUAUUUACUAGUUCUUACCAGUAUGGGGAGUUUUAUUGCGCUUGUGUAAUGCAGGAGCAGCUUUGAUGAAAGAAAGAACUAGCAGGUAAAUAGUCCAUCAUGUGUGUGAAUUUGGGGGUUUUUUUUGUUGUUGUUUCAAAAUUGUUAAUUAAAAUGGCAUGGACAUCAAACUUUCAAUAAUGGUUCCAAGCAUAUAUGGUAGUAACUUACUUGAAAAGACUUCCCCUUGUGGAAGUCCCACGUGUUAACUUGUUUAGCUAGAUAGACUGUACUGCAUUUGUAAAGUUACCAUGUUCUAUAGGAUCAGAGAUCUUCAGAAACGAGCAGCCUUUUUAUUGCAAGGUAGCGAUUCCUCUCCAGCAGGAGAUUCAGAUUGUUUCAUCCAGUGUGAGUCUUUCUCAAAGACACAGACAGACAUGGGUGCUCUGAGGAUAAGAUGUACUUCUGCUUAGUAUCGAAGCUUUUUUUUUUAUUAUUCCUCCUCUCAUUUCCCCAGCAUCUGGCAUGGUGCCAUACAAGUGUGUUCCCCAGAACAGGACAGGCCUGAGCCCAGGACACCUGGCUGAAGGGAUUUUGUGCAACUGUGCUGGCUAGAGCUCAUACAGCCUCAUGAGACAGUGCCAAAUUUUUACAGCUUCUUACUUACUCCAGAGCAGGUCCCCAAGGAUUAUGAAUCAUAUUUUGUUUUUAAAGGGUUAAUCUGUGAUUAACUGAGUAGUAUGUGUUCUAGACACAGGCGUAUUUGAUCACUUCUUUGUCUGACAUGAAAUGAGUGCCUGAGAAGACCACCUGGUGAUAUCGUUGGAAAUAAUUUUAACUCCACUGCUGCCAGGGAGCAAUUUUUUCCUUAAUCUGAAGAGAAUACAAAAACAGCCAACCAACCAAAAAAACACAACACUGUAAAGCAGAUUAGUUCACCUAAAUUAUGUCCAGUAUCGUGGAUUCCUAGUCUGUUGGUUUCAAAUUUCCCUGAAAUAUUAAUCCACUUCUUCAAGAAGGCAUUAGAGGAAUUAGAAACAUAGUCCUAAGUAACUGAUCAGCCUGUUUGCUUUUGUGGAGCACCUGUUUACAAAACAGUAAUCCUUUAGAAUGCAUUUCAGGGCUGUUUCUAAAUAGCUCUCUUUGUAGAAAGACAGAACAAUAUCCUCAGUGUUUAAACUAGGGAAAAUAACAGCUAAGGCUGGGAUGCGUACUAGGUACUGCAGUAUUUAUUAAAAAUCCGUAUUUAAAUUAAUGCAAUUGACAGUGUGCAUGGAAUGCAGGAUUAAGCCUGUGGUGUGUUUAAAAAACAAAAUGACAAACCACCAUUGAGAUACCCUACUAAAAUCUGAAAGCAAUGUGACCUUCAUAGGUUGGGUUUGGUUUGUCUUCCUCAUGCAACUAUGAUGUGAUCUACAUCUUAGGAAGUAAUCAGUGAAAAUCUCUUAGGGAUGUUUAUCUUCUCUGGUGAUCUUUGGACUUCUGUGUCACUACUAGCACAAGUCAGAUUAGGCCCAUGGACCUACUCCUGACCAUUUUUCCUAGCACACUUUUAUUGAGUUGAUCACUGAAUCUUAAAUACAAACUGAUGCAUAUACCAAAUGUGAAUGUGGUAAUAAAAUUUAAUUUAGAGACAUAUUUGUUAAGAUCCAAGCAUUUUCAAGUUAGAUUUUUAAUAGUUGUGAAAAAUGUGCAGAUCAUACUUAAGGAAGCUAGUGACUGACUGAGACGCCACUUUUGUUGUGCACCCCCAGAAGCAUUUCACUUGCAAGCUACGAAGCACAGAGACUCUCCUUAAUGUUUUAUUAUUCAUCAGAUUAUGCUGACUAUCUAUUUCUGCGUAGCUCAGCCGAGAACCUUAUUUGGUCUUUAAGAUUUAGGCCACUCACUUUCAGCAGAGGCUGGCACACAGAAGAGACAAAGGGAUUUCCACAUAAGCGAAAUCCAUUACUCCAGAGGUACUGUGUUGUGGUUUUUUUCCUAAGGUACUCAGGAGUGGAUAUGGUUCCAUGGGUGAAAUCCAAAAUAAAGCCAGGAAGGAGAGAGAGAAUAUUUCUGUUACUGGUGUCGCACUGUAUUUUUAUAGUGGAACAAGAAGGUGCGUUUUUUGUUUGCUGGGGGGUUUUCUGAUAAACAAAAGGACUAUUUUGUACAGCUGAUUCUGAUUAACUUUCUUAACUCAGUACUAUAGCUGGAUUGAGACCUGAAAAUCCUUAAAUUAUUUAAGAAGCAUCAUCAAAGGAAACUCAGAUUUUGAGGAACCAGGUUGGCAUUUGUGAGGUAAUACCUGUGCUGCCUUUUCAGAUGGUGGACAAAACAAUACUUCCGACUCACUUGUGAAUUCAAUGACAGUUUAAGCAGCUAUAGAAAUCGUAAUUUUAACUCUGAAAUCCUUUAUUCUGUUUUCAAACAGGUGCUGUUGUAUUCCUGUUCUUUUUUCUUCCCCCUGCCCCAACCCCACCUCCUGCCCUACCCCCCUUCCUUUCUCUCAGAGCUGGCAACAAUUAAUCCUUGAUUACAUACUCUGAACUUUUCCUGUGUCUCUUGAGCUUUUCAACUGUGAAUGGUACUGCAUAAUGACUCCAUAAAUUGCUCCAAGAUUCAAAGCCGGCUUUGCUGGAAAGAGCCCAACAACUUUACAGAACUGAGUUGUGGAUGCUACUAUGAAUCCAGUAUUGGAAUGAUGACUAAAACCAAGCUGUUCUGAGCAUGGAUGCACAAUGUUGAAGAUAAAUAGACCUAAACCAGUUUGUACAUUCUUUUCCCAAA